UCAUGCAUCAGGCGGGGUUUUUCCACAACGUAAAAAAACCGUUUCAGCUACAAGCAGAAACACGUUUGUAGUAGGCUAAGUUAGUCUCUUCUUUUCGAAACUUUGAAACCAUCUCUGUUUGGGUAAAACUAAGGACGUAUUGCAGAAUAGGAAAUAAAAAGUCAUUGACGUGUCUGUCUUGACAAGUUUGUCAAAUCCAACAGGUCUGUGUACUGAGGAAGCAACGAGCCAUGAGUGACAAAGAACAGGAUUUCAUGCCACUGGUUACAGGACAGGCUGCCAUUCUAGGAAAGUGUAAAAGUGCCUUUUGCCAUGCUGUUAAAGAAAAAUUUAAUUGCACCGCUAUUCUUCACAAUGUGGAAGAGGCUGGCUCCUUUGGUAGACACACAAGUGGUGAUUGGAGUGCUGAGAUGAGGUACUCCACAAAGCUGUCCAGCAGAGUUGAAGUAUCAGUCUGGAAAGAUGAUCUUACACGUCAUAAAGUGGACGCUGUGGUCAAUGCAGCUAAUGAGAAGCUAAAUCAUGGAGGAGGUCUUGCACAAGCCCUGAGUGAGUGUGGGGGACCAAUGAUCCAGAAAUGGAGUGAUGACAUUAUACAGAAAUGUGGAAGAGUGAAAACAGGCGAAGCUGUACUCACUCCUGCUGGAAAACUCCCAUGUAGAUAUAUCAUACAUGCUGUGGGUCCCAAAGUGUCUCAAAAUCCAUCCAAGAAAGAGGUCAAAGGAGCUGCACCCUUGUUAACUAAUACUGUCAUUAGUAUCCUACAAACAGUUGUAAGUCAAAACAUUACCUCUGUUGCGAUUCCUGCUCUAAGUUCUGGCCUUUUCAAUUUUCCAAGAGAUUGCUGUGCAGACAUUAUUGUUGAUACUAUAAAACAGUUCUAUGAAAAAAGAAGGUUUCAAGACAAGAAUGUAGAAAUCCAUCUGGUCAAUAAUGAUGAACCCACAGUCCAAGAAAUGGAGAGAGCCACUAGGGCAGUUUUAUAUCCGACCAGCACCUCUGUUUCGUACAGUGGGGCUGUGAAAGGCCAAAACCAGACCAUGACUUCCCCUUCAUGCAACAGUUUGCGGUUUGAGAACAUAAAACUGCACCUUAAAAAAGGGUCUAUUGAAGAGGAAAAGGUUGACGUAAUUGUAAAUACCAUAGCAUCAAACUGUGAUUUGUCCCAGGGGCUGAUUUCAAGAGCAAUUUUAAUGAAAGCUGGCAGCAAGAUUCAAGACGAGAUUUACAAAAAAAAAUUCUCUACCCCAAGUUUCACAAGAGUUCAUCUCUAUUCGACAAAAGGAUAUAAUCUGAAUUGCUUAGCGGUUUUUCAUACUGUAUGCACACCGAGGUCUGAGUCUAAGGCUACACAGAUUCUUUACAAGGUGGUAUGGGAUAGUCUGAAGAAAGCUGCUUCGGAUUACAAGUCCAUCUCUUUCCCAGCUAUUGGUACUGGUAAUCUGGGCUUUAAGAAAUUGGAGGUUGCCAAAAUUAUGACAGAUGCUGUGGCAGAAUUUGCCAAACAGAACACAAAGAAACUAGAUGUAAAUUUAGUUGUGUUUCCAAAGGACAAUGAAAUGAUGGAGGCUUUCGAAAACGAGAUGAAAAAGAGGAAAGGAGAGGCAAUGUCCCCAGAAGUACGCAAUGACAUGACAAGCUUUGGUUCUGCAGCCAGAGAAACCACGGCAAAUGAAACACCCACUGUUGAGUUCAUCUCCAGGGACUCCAGAGCUCAGAGAGAAGCAAAAUCAUGGACAUUUAAUAUGCUAAACCCAUCAGAUAACAUGAUAAUAAAUAAUAACCAUGUCAUAUAUCUUGACCAAGGAGAUCAUAAAAACCUCCUCUCUCUCCAAACAAAGUUUCAUGUUCACAUCAAGGAGUUCUUCAGGAAUGGUAAUGGUGGAAUAACCAUCACUGGAAACCCUUCAGAUGUCAGUUGUGCAGCAAUUGAGGUGGAGUCCAUGCUUUGUAAGGCCCAGGAGGACUUCGCCCAAGCUGAAGAAUGUGACAUUCUGUUUUCUGUAGUUCGCUGGAGCUGUAAAGAUGUACCUUGUAUACAAACACCUGAAAUCAGUGCAGUUUUGGAGAAAGCUUAUCUGGAAGGGCAUGAGAACCAUGUGGUCAAUAAGCACAAGGUCAACUUCAUGUCCUGGAGUUUGGUUGAUGACUACGGGAAAAGCAGCAAUGUGGAAAGGACAUGCCUGUUGUUUCCUUUCAAGACCUUUAACAAUUCAUUUUAUACAAGAGUACCUAUGAUCAGGAAUGAUUAUGUUGAAAAAGAAGCAAGGAACACCUUCAGUGCUUGUGGGCUCUGUAUUGAAAAGGUGGAGAAGCUAGAGAACAUUAUGCUACAGCAGCUGUUCGAAAUGAAUAGGCAGAGAGUGAAAGUCAAACCGAAGUGCCUCUACCAGCGUGUGUCUGCUCAGUUCUGUGAUCUCAUCUGCAGAGUAGGCUUUCAGAAAGAGUUCGCCCCUCCUGCAGAGCAAAAGUAUGGCAGUGGAAUAUACUUCAGCAGUACAGUGGAUGGAGCCCUGAGGCUGUGGAAGGAGCAGAAACAUGAGCAGUACAUCUAUAUCAUUCAGGCCCAGGUCCUCACUGGGACAUACACGAUUGGUUCUCCACAAAUGAUUUUGCCCCCUCCCUUAAGUGCAGACCCUUUGGAUCGUUUUGAUAGCUUGACUGACAUGGGGCAGACGCAUAUAAUCUUCAGCGGUCAACAAGCUCUUCCUGAAUACCUGGUCAUAUGCACCAGAUUAACCCAUGUGUAGUUGCACAGAGCAAUAUGCAAUAACAAAGCACACUGGAAUCAAUCAAGCCACAUUUUUGAUUUUAAAAACAUCAACUUCUAAAAACAAAGUAAUCACACAAAUAAUACUGAACUAUACACAAAUAAGGAAUAAAGGUCUUUGUAAUCAUUAGUCUAAAUCACGUGUUACUGGAUGAGUGAUGAUGAUAAUAGAUGCCAGUGAUUUUUUUAACCUUUAUGUAGCCUCCUUUGAACUGCUUCUUCUUUCUUUAAGACUAAUCCUGACAGGUCUUGCCUUAAUUGCUCUAUUGUUGUUUGUUACUCUUAACGUAGUCACAUGAAAUUUUGUUUUUAAUAUAAAAACAUUUACAAACAUUGGUGUUAGAUUACAAUUGUUUAAAAUUUAUAAUUGUUUUCUUGUAAUAAGUUCAUAGUUAUCAGCUGAUUACAACAGAAUGCAAAUGAGGGGUGUCUGGUAGUUUUAUGUUUAAAUUGAUUCCUUAAUUAAUGCCAUACAAAUGAACUGUUUAUUUUAUCAGUAAUCAAGGCCUUUCUAUGCAUGUGAUGUGAUUUGAAUUACACUUAAUGUUUUGACUUGAAUAAAUGCCAAAUUUCAACAAAAA